AUGAAGGACUGUGCGUUGCUUCUUGUUGACAUCUUCCUGCAGAAUCCCGCAAGCAUUGUGAACUUGGUCACGCAGCUGGCACAGCUUUCAGUGCCUGUGGAUCCAGCUCUGCCGGAGUCCUUUGAGGGAUACCUGGCGGUGGUGGACGCCAUCUUUGGCUUCUCCUUCAACGGGGCCGUGCGGGCACCGUUUGAUGAUGUGCUCAGGAGACUGGCUAUGCCUGGCACUCCGCUGGUCAUAUCUGUCGACAUCCCCUCUGGCUGGGAUGUCGAGAAGGGUCCUCCAGCUGAGGGCGUUUGCCUGCAACCAAGUGCUACUCAAUUUGCUUCUGUACCUCGAGAGCCACCGGGAACCAAGCUGCUGCAGCACUUUCGGGACAUUAUUCGCAUGCAGGGCUACAGGGGCCUCUGGCGUGGCUCUGCAACCCAUGUGACAGCCACAUGCUUGGGUGGCGUCGCCCGCCUCAGUGCCCUUCGCACGACCCAAAUGUGGGUCAUGCCGGGUGGUGAUCGCCACUACCAGGGCUUUGAAGGAUACCUUCGCAGGUGCUCCUUUCUAUUCAUGUCCGGCGCAGGGGCGCUUGCGCUGGUGUACCCCUUGGAUGUAGCAUACACCUGCUUGUCUGCAGAUAAUGCAAGCAAACGUCACUUCCAGGGAGUCUUCCACUUUUGCAGACUUGCCGCGCGCGAGCAUGGCGUGCUCAGCCUCUAUCGGGGUCUCCCACUGGGGCUCUUCACGGCCUUCCCCUUUAUCUGCAUUGCAACAGGCCUGCAU